AUGAUUAAAGAGAAUGAGACAUCUGGUUUGGAUUUUGUUCUUCUGGGAUUUUCCCAUCUUCAGAACCAGAGGGUCUUAGUGUUCCUGGUGUUUCUGGUGCUGUACAGCCUUACCGUGUUCGGUAACACCAUCACCAUUCUGAUCAUCAGCCUGGAUCUCCAGCUUCACACCCCCAUGUACCUGUUCCUUGGUGACCUCUCCUUGCUGGACAUCUGCCACACCUGCGUCACCAUCCCUAAACUUCUCAUUCAUGUGAUAAGCAAAGACAGGUCCAUUUCCUACCCUGGCUGUGUCACCCAGCUCUUUGUUUUCACUUCUAAGGCCAGCACAGAAUGUGGGCUUUUGGCGGUCAUGACCUAUGAUCGAUAUUUGGCAAUCUGUAAGCCUCUACACUACACAGAAACAAUGACCUUUAGACGUUGUCUGGUUCUGGCCACUAUGCCGUGGAUGGCAGGUUUCCUACAAUCCUCCAUCCACACCAUCUUCACUUUUCAACUUUCCUUCUGCCAGCCCAGGAUCAUUGAUAACUUCUUUUGUGAGAUUCCAUCAUUGCUGAAGCUCUCCUGCUCGGCAACUUACCUUAAUGAGAUUGUGCUCUUUUGUACCGGCAGUCUUUUCAGCUUGAGCCCCUUUGUCCUGACCUUCUUUUCCUAUGCCUUUAUCAUCACUUCAGUUCUGCAAAUUCCAUACAUCGAGUGCAGAAGAAAGGCCUUCUCCACCUGUGGCUCCCACCUGGCCGUGGUGAGCAUGUUCUAUUUUGGUGCCAUGUUUGUGUACUUUCGCCCAAAGUCCAGUUACUCCUUGUCCAUCGAUAGACUGGUGUCCAUAUUUUACACACUGCUUACUCCUCUGCUCAACCCUCCCAUCUACUGCUUGAAGAAUAAUGAUGUGAAGGGGGCAAUGAAGAAAAUAUUUAUCAAGAAGUAUAAAAACCUAAACCCUAAAAGAGAACUUUAG